GUCAAAACCGAUUUAAAGACGCCAUUUCAGUGGCGACUGAGAACGUGGGAGGUAGAAAGCUAUGGCGUCCGAGAGAGCAGAGACGCUGCCAGUGCUGCAGAAGGAGGGAGGCGAGCGGAAAGGAUCCGACAUGACUAAGAGAGGAGCUUACGCGGCCAUUUCUUAUAUGGCCUGUGCUGUUCUGUUGCUAAUGUUCAACAAAGCAGCUCUUUCUUCUUACAAUUUCCCAUGCGCCAAUGUCAUCACUUUUUUCCAGAUUCUGUGUUCAUGCACACUUCUCUAUGCACUGCGGCGCUGGAAGAUUAUUUCUUUCACAGUGGGUGAAUCGCACAACAUCAGUGCUGGACAGUCAAUCCUUGUACCUUAUAAGACUCUGGUUCAAACACUUCCCCUUGCUAUGUCAUAUUUGCUCUACAUGAUUGUCACUAUGGAAUCUGUGCGUGGGAUCAAUGUUCCCAUGUAUACAACAUUGAGGAGGACUACUGUAGCAUUUACAAUGAUUGCUGAGUACUUGUUGACAGGGCAGACUCAUUCACCUAUUGUUGUUGGCAGUGUGGGGAUGAUUAUUCUUGGUGCAGUUGUGGCUGGAGCCAGGGAUUUGUCAUUUGACACCUAUUCCUAUGCUGUGGUGUUCAUUGCAAAUAUAUGUACCGCUAUAUAUCUUGCUUUUAUUGCUCGUAUCGGGAAAUCCAGUGGACUGACUACCUUUGGCCUAAUGUGGUGCAAUGGGUUAGUAUGUGGGCCUAUUUUGCUAAUCUGGAUAUCAAUCAAGGGAGACAUUGAAACAACCUUAAAUUUUCGUUACCUAUAUUCCUUGGGCUUCCAGUGUGUGAUGUUUCUCUCCUGUAUAAUGGCUUUCUUGAUCAACUACUUUGUAUUUCUGAAUACAACUCUCAAUUCAGCACUGACACAAACAGUCUGUGGUAAUUUGAAGGAUGUUUUCAGCAUCGGGCUUGGCUGGUUUCUGUUCGGCGGGCUUCCCUUUGAUUUGUUUAAUAUUCUUGGCCAGUCACUUAGCUUUAUGGGAUCUGGCUUAUAUGCCUAUUGCAAGCUUCAUGGGAAAUAAGGUGUCAAGAUGGGGCCUCCUCCUGUGCCUUGACUCAAUCCUUACACAGAGAUACACAGUAAGUUAAUAUUUGCUGACUACUGCUUGCGUGUCAGCUGCCAAAUUUUGAUGCAAUCGCUGCAGGUUAUUGUGAAAAGAUUAAAAAAAAAAGUUGUAGAAUUGCAUAUAUUUCUGCAUGGAUAUGUAGAAAACAUCAAGUUUCUUUUCUAAUAUAAGUUUCUAGCGAAUCUCUCUCUCUCCA